ACGUGUGUGUUUAAAACUGACAAAAAACUACAAUUACAGUGAGAAGCGAGGAGCAGGGUUUAGCAAACAGUGCCUUAAAGCAACACCAAGGUUGAGUGAGGUUGGAAGCAGGGAGUAGCAGGACGCAAGGCCUGGAUUUGGCGGCCGGAAGGAAGGAACAGUGUGGCAUCCCUCUCCUCCUCUCAUGUCCCCUCCCUGUGUGUCCUUGCAUGUCAGUUACCCCUCGUCACCCCCCCCUGUGUCCCCCCUGUCAGUCCUUCGUGUUCCUCCCCCUCAUGCUUGGGACAGACCGGCCGCCUCACUGUCAGACCAAUGACUGCCUGGAUCAUACUGCCUGUCAGCCUGGCUGCCUUCUCCAUCACUGGGAUAUGGAUAGUAUAUGCCAUGGCUGUAAUGAACCACCACGUCUGUCCUGUCGAAAACUGGUCGUACAACGUGACGUGCACAGAGGAAACGGCCAAGCCAGGCUUCCCGAAAACAUGCUGUACCAUUCAAGACAUCCCCCUCAUCAGUAAGUGUGGAUCUUACCCUCCGGAGAGCUGUCUGUUCAGUCUCAUCGGUAAUGUGGGAGCUUUCAUGGUGGUUUUGGUGUGUUUGCUUCGCUACGCUCAGAUCAUCGAGCACAGGAACCACUGCUGGCUCAACACCAGUGGACUGGUGUCUGGAUGCACCAAUGCUGUGGGACUGGUCAUGGUGGGCAACUUCCAGGUGGACCACGCUAAAACACUUCACUACGUAGGUGCGGGCGCUGCCUUCCCAGCAGGCAUUCUGUUCGUGUGUUUGCAAUGUGUGUUGACGUAUCGGGUGGCUGUCACUGCUCUGGACUACUGGAUGGCUCACGUGCGUGUGGCACUGGCUACUGGUGCUCUCAUCACGCUGGUUCUUAGUGGAGUAUUCUUCAUCCACGAGAGCUUCGUGUUACAGCACGCAGCAGCCAUCUGUGAGUGGGUCUUCACUGUAGUCAUCCUUGUAUUCUACGGGACUUUCACCUACGAAUUUGGCACCGUCACAACCAACACCAUGUUGGCCGGCCUCCAGCGGAGCCUCUCUCAUGGGUCCGGAGUCCUCAUCGGAGACGAUGUCCAAGUAGGAGCCCUAGGAGGUGGUGCCACCAAAGGGUUAAAAUCCCCAGGAGGAAGUAGUACCUCCACCCAUCUGAACUGCACUCCUGAAAACAUAGCAAUGCUUUAAUCCUUUUAUUAUCGCACACGCGAUCACGUCCUGCCGGGUGGAAAGCCUCACAGUGGUGCUCUGAGGCACACUUUAAGAUUAAAGUGAUCGAGAUUUAAAAGAACCGUCCAGUCAAAGUCAAUACAGAUUAAAAAUCAAUUGGGUUUACAUGUGUGGCUGUUUAUAUUGAUGCAAGAUUCGAGAUUUUAUGUUUGUUUGAUAGAUUUGUCUGCUUUUUGUCCUUUUUUGGUUUUGCUAUAAGGCUGACGAGAAGGACAGGAUAGUUAUUUUUUAAAGAUAGAAUGGGGGCCCUGGUCACAUGGUUUGUUUUGCCUAAACUGUUGCACUGGGCGAUUAAAUAUAUUUUUUACGGUUACGUUUGCACAAAUGUUUCAGGGGUGUCUCUCGUUGAGCUUGCUACUGUUUGCCCAACUUUGCUGUUGCAAUGGAUUUGCACGUAACACAGAUGUGACCCUGCCUGCGAAAACCCAGCUAAAGUUAAAACUUAUUGGCCCGGUUUCACAGACGAGGCUUAAGGCUAGUCCCAGACUAAAAUGAAUGUGUGACCUGUCUUAACUGAAUAUAACUUGCCCAGAAAUAUCUUAAAAUAUAUCUGUGCCAUUGUUUUGUCUGGAGAUGCACACCAGUAAUGUAUUCUUCUAAGGCAUUAUAUAAAAGCGACAUAAAUAUCUUAAUUCAACUAAGGCAUAGUCCUGGCUUAAGCAAAGCUGUGUUUAUGAACCUGGCCAUUGUUUUCUACAUAAAAUCAUCCCACAUAAUGUAAAAUACAAUAUUGACUGAGUAAUGGCAUGACAAAUGGAAUUAAAACUUUGAUGCUUUAAAUUUCAUAAUUAUGAGAUUUUAGUCUGGUUUUCACAGGCAGGGUCGUGAUUUAUAACAUUUUCAUUGCAGACUAUCAGGAUUCAAGUAUUAUAUUUUGAAAUAGUGAAUGUCUAAAGUAUGGCGGAAUUAUAUGAGAACCUUAUUUUGGAAUUAGAAGAGAAACAAAAGAUUUUAAUUGAAAUAUCAUUUAAAGCGUUAAAUUGAUUUUAAACAUAAUUUAAUACAAAAACAAAAUCGUGUAUAGUAAUUGUGGCCUUUUUAUUGUCAUGUUGGCUUGCUUUGUUCCUGUUUUGUUCAGUUUUUGUUUCUUGAUGAGGUGGGUCUUGUUUUUCCACUUUGAGAAAGGGAAGUGAUGCAAGGUGACACCAGCUCAAACUCCGCCCUCCUUGUAAGUUAAUACGUUUUAGAGUAAUUACAUUUGUACUUACUGUACCUUUAAAGCAGGUACAGGUAAAAUGUUUUUGUUUUCUUUCAGUUUUUUAAUAAUGUCUCCGUCUUACGGGUCAUUAAAACCCAUUCGGAAAAUGCCACAUCCAGUCACCUAGUGACUUACUGCCUGCAUAUCUCCAAACAUUUCUGCCGUUUGCUUUGAACAGUUUUGUGCUUCAUUGUGACAUAACUACAAAUGGUGUGGAACGAGUUAUAUUCUACAUAACAUGAGUCAACAUUUCUUUUCAAAGUUUUUCAUAUUUUGUUGUUGCCAAAGGAUGCAUCUCAUUUAGUUAAAGGUACACUGAAUGCAUUUUAUUUCAUUUGAUUACUUUUAUGUGUUGUAGGACACAUAGCCACAGAGAAACCAGUGUCAUUUAGAAAGUUAUGCCAAUGCAGUACAGCAAUAUUACAUUUCAAAAUGGUUCGUGAAUUGGUGUCCAGGCUGGAACCUAGGAAACCAUAGUUGAACUUUUUGAGGGUUGAGUGGUUAUGGUGGCCUUAAUGUUACUGUGGUAUCUGUGAUGAUUUCAAUUCAGGCUGUCAAUCAGAGGCUCCCUAUUGCUUUUUCAUCAUGCUUGAAUUCUUUUGUGUCACACAGAAAUGUGCCAGUUAUUCUUUCUGUAUGUGUUUUUGCCCUUCAAUGGGUUUGUGCUGCCUCUCAGUUUCACGCCAAUGAUAACACUGUAAAUUUAGACAUAGUCUCUAGGCAUCAUACAGUAUGUGUUUAUCUUUGUUGUCACUUUUAUCGGAGAGCUAUUGAAGCAUUGUUUGACUGCUCUCAUGAAAAAGAUGUUUCACGGGGUGCAUAGAUGAAAGUGUCGAUUAAAUCCAAUUGAUACUGAUUUCAUUGCUUCCUGUACGGUUAUCAUUACAACAUACCUAAGUCAACUCAAGCCAAACAUACAGUGAUAAUUGCAUAAAGGGUCAUAUUUGUUUUAUACAACACAUGAACAUAGAAUUUUAAGGAAAAAGUUGAAGUUUCAGCUUAUGAACCUAACAUUGAUGUAAUUUCUCAUUUAUUGCCUGUUUUGUCACAUGCAGAAGUGCUGAUUUGAUGGAUUUCAACAAUUAUUAUAAAUGACAUGCAAUACUUAACAUUGCAUUUAAUGCAUAUUUUGAAGCUAAUAGGUCAAUUAUUUAUAGGUCACUUUAGAGCAAAAUAUGGUUUAAGGGUUGUAGAGUUAUCUUUUUUUACCCGUUUGGUUUGGUCAAAAGCUGUACUGUCAGGUGGGAAAAUUGACUGAUAUUUUGUUCAAGUUUUCUGACAACUUUUGAAAUGUAUGUAUACUUGUGAGACAAUGAUGUACUUCUUUGCAUCCUUUUUUUUUUCUUCAUCCUUUUAUAUUGGGUUAAGGAUCUCUGCAUAAAUCAAGACUACUUUUAUGGAUAUUUUCAGACAGGUAAAACAGCUGGCUUUGGGUUUAAAUGUUUCUUUUUGAUGUUCUGACUUUUAGCUGUUGUAUGGAUAGAUAUUUUUCUGAUGCCUUUAAAUGAUAUAGUUGAACAUUUUUUAUCAACAAGUCUGUUGGGAUUGCAAUGAAGAUGUAAGGUUCACGCUACAAAAUCAAAAGAAAACAAUACAAAGAAUAUUUUUAUUUUAUAAAUCACAUAUGUACUCAGAUUUACGUAUCAUUUCAAUGCUUAUUCUUUGACAAGAGAUUUAUAUGAAAUAACUACCAAAACAUCCAAUGAGAAAUAAACAAGUGUAUAUGUA